AUGAGGAUAGGAGUUCCUACCAUCGCUGUGGCGGCAGUGCUUUUCAAGAGGCUGGCAACAGCACAAACUGUCCAAGAUUCAUGGAUCACGCCCUCGGCGCCUGAUUUUACCUCCAAUCUUACAGUCGGCCAGUUCUACCUACUCAACUGGACUUCCGACUUAGUGAACAGCUUCGCACCGUACGCCCCCAGUGCGGACGUCAACAGCGUAGAUCUUUGGAUCACCGAUUACAAUCUCCAUGUUUACUCUCAUCUGAUCGCUGCCCGGCAAAACCUCAACGUUAUCACCUCUCUCUCCUGGAGGGUAGAUGUCAGCCCGGAUGAACUACUGGACACCAAUCAAUGGGUCUUCCGGUGGCUCCCCCAAGGUGUCAAUUAUUCCGAAACGUCUGAGCAGAUUUCUAGCCCGGGCUUUUUCCUGCAGAACAUCAGCGAACCUGCGGCAACAACAACAAGCAGCAUUCCCGCUUCCACUGUCAUCACUUUCUCCGAAUCUUCUACUCCAGUGACUGAAACCCCAACAGCCUCCGCGACGAAGGAAGUAACGACCUCAGUCUCGGGUGCGGACGGCGCGAGUGACACGACCACCGCGCUGAUCAGCUCCACAGUAUCUCAUGGCCUGUCUACAGGUGCGAAAGCCGGUAUCGCCGUCGGCUCCAUCAUUGGUGCGGCAUUGCUUUUCGGAAUCGGGUGGGUUUUGGCGCGCAAGAUACGGAAAAGGCACGGCGAUGGCACUGGAGAGAUGCAGCCGAACGGAAUAGUAUACCAGGAUGAGUUGAAAUCAGACGUCUUCAUGCAGCAACAAUAUGUGCCGACUACGAAGCCGCCACAUUACAUUUCUGAGCUCGACUCGAGUCUUUCGAGGGCACCCUCCACGCAUGAGCUCCCUGCCCGUUGA